AUGCCCCGUUGCGUAGAAAGGAGUAUGGCUGGUUCAUUUGCUCCUGUAGUAAUGUACAUGGGGAAUCAAGUCCAGUGUUCCAAUUGUAUUGAGCAGCGGGAAUGGAAUAGAUGUAUGGGAGUAGCUUUUAAUAGUUCAAAGCAAGAGAUUCUAGAGCUCUGUCAGACCAGAGAGUCUGGUCGAAAGAACGCUCAAGAUUCCCUGGCCCGAUCGAAGGCGGCUACUAAGCAGCUAAUGAAAGGAACUAUGGAACAAUUAGAUGAUAAUAUGGAUAACCAUCAGCCUGGUAGUUUUGAUGAUUUUUACGAGAAGGCUCUGCGGUAUUUGGCGCCUCAGACGUGUCUGGGUUGCUGCAAUAGUGCGGUGGAGGGAAACAACUUAAUGUGCAAACUUCGCGCACUCGAGCGACUGAGAGACGCCCUCAAGGAGAAGAUGGAAGAGGAAAAGAGGAUUAACCGCAGGGCGCUGAACGGAUUGGCUAAUAUCCGUGAAGCUCACAAUGAGUUUCGUGGAGAAUGGUUUCGGGUAAUGAUUCUGUUGUUAUAA